GGAUCCACCCUCAUUCUUUAGAGUUCACGUCAUUGUAACGGUGUUUUUUGUGAAUGAAAGAAUCCAACCCCACAGAACAGAGUAAUUCCGGGAAAAGGCGAACUGACAUUUUGUCGCUUGACUCGCUUCGACUUGAACACAGUAUUUGACGUUUCUCCGUGUUUUAAAAACAUUUGUUUAUACAAUUGUGUUGACAACUGAAGGACUGGCAGCUGGUACUCUCCAACGACAUAGCCAAGGACAAAUCGUCUGUAAAAUCAGUGUUUACUGGUGUCGGAGACAGAGGAUAAAGCCAGACCAUGACGUCAGAAAGAAGCAGCAAAGCCCUGAAGGUGAAGCGGGAGUGUGGUGAGAAUGUUCCGGUGUUGUCGGACAGCGAGCUCAUGUCCUUGUCUGUACGGGAGCUCAACCUCCACCUACGGGGUCUAUCCCGCGAGGAGGUCCAGAAGCUCAAGCAGCGCCGGCGCACCCUGAAGAACCGUGGCUACGCGGCCAGCUGCCGGGUGAAGCGCGUCUCCCAGCGUGAGGCCCUGGAGCAGCAGAAAAAGGAACUCCAGAGGGAGGUGGAGAGGCUGGGUGUGGAGAACGCUGGGAUGAGGAGAGAGCUGGAGGGCCUGGGGGCCAGGCUGGCUGCCCUGCAGAGGUUCGCCCGUGGGUUAGAGUCUGGAGGAGGUAACAUCCUGGCUACGGCCCCACGCCUGAACACAGCCUCGGUCAUUACCAUAGUGAAGACCCCGCCACAGGCCCACGUCCAAAGAGAGCAGGGGGGCUCCUAGGAGGAACCGAUCGGGCUGGGGAGGGACUCAUGCACGCACAUAUUCUCAUAUAGACACACACACACACAGGCAGACACAUGGAGAGCGCAGGAGGAUUGGAGGAACACAGACAAAUAGGCACUUAUGAAACUCAUGCGCUUAGGAUGAUACACAUACACUCGCACACCAGGGUUUCCGUUAGGAAAAUGUGACGCCAGACCUUUGAACGGCAGUGUUUUAGUUUACCGGACAUUUGAGAUGUUUACCGGACUCAUAUGUAUUGGGUGUGUAACCUGAUUAGGGCGUCCACCCACGGUGCUCAGAAUGACAAAUCACAUUUCGAUUAUGGUUAUUCUUCUUAACGGGACAUGGAACUCGAGGGUGCAACGAUGUGAAUACUUCUUACCGAAUUCCGAUGCGCAAUUUGAAGAUGUUAGAAUAACUGUCCACAUUUACUUUUCCUCAGCCAACAAGAUGAGUAAUGAACAUAGCCUAUGUCAAUCUAGCCUAUUCCAACAUAGCCUAUUCCAAACAGACUGGGACAGUUGUGGGAUGAUAGAUCCCAAAUUCAUAUAACCAGUAGGCCUAGUUUACAUCUCAAUUUUUAAAGCAAUGAGGCUCAUGCAACAGAUCUGAAAGUUUAGCUUAAAAUGUUCAUAAAC